GUGGUCCCUUGGAUGCUCAUGCCUACCGGCAAAGCGCGGGAGCAGCUUCAACCCGGAAGACAAUGGAAGCACAGUAGUACAGUUGUAGGUAUCAAAGAGGACCCUAUUGACAGGUUAGUGUUCGCGCGGUCUCAGCACCAAGACCGUUUGUGCGCCGGAAUGGCGACAUGGUUGGUCGAGAGGUCUGGAAAUUUCGAGGCGGCGCGGCCUCCGCAUCCGGAACUAUCGAGAAGCCCAAAGGGGCAAUAUCAACACAUGCAGUGCAGUGUCUAGAAAGUUCACACCACUUCGGCCCCUUGCACCAUCCCCCGGUCACAUACGCAAUCAUAGCUCUCUAGAAGCUUCAGCAGGAGCUGCCUGAAAGCUAUAAAACUGUGUCUCUGUCUCCCUCUAGGUUGAGCUCACCAGAUCAGAUCAUCAGAACACAUCGAACUAUAACAACAACUCUCGAACCAACGCUCGAAACCAACUCUCCAAACAACUUCUCAACCAACAACACAACAACAAUGGCGCUGUUCCCAAGACUGUCGACCUCCUUCGGACCGUCCCGCCAGGAACUCGGUCCGUUCUUCAACCUAUUCAACGACACCUUCUCGGAGCUACAGAAGCUAUCCGAGUCGGCUUCGCGCACGUUCGCGCCCAAGUUCGACGUCAAGGAGGCCCAGGACAAGUACAUCCUCGAGGGUGAACUUCCGGGCAUCGACCAGAAGAACGUCACCAUCCAGUUCGAAGAUGACCAGACCCUGACGAUCAAGGGCCGGACCGAGCACCACCGCGAGGAAGGCCAGCGACCAGACCAGACUUCUGGCGAACAAGGACAACAACAGGGCACUUCGUCCAGCAAGGAAGUCGCCACCACUGGAUCCAAGGAAGUUGCCCGAUCCGAGCCCAAGCACACUUACUGGGUCUCGGAGCGCCAGGUCGGCGAGUUCGCCAGAAGCUUCGCCUUCCCCAACCCUGUCGACCAGGACAAUGUGAAGGCUAGUCUGAAGAACGGUAUCUUGAGCGUCAUCGUUCCUAAGCUCGAGAAGUCAAAGGGCUCCAAGCAGAUCCAGAUCACAUCCGAGUAAAGGGCAUGGCAUGCUUGUCUGAAAGAGGUUUGAUCUCAACUCUUGCAUGACAACAUACAACCCUCCCUCUCUCGCCCAACUCGGUCUCCAUUCCCUCCAUCUCACACACCUCGACGACUCGACACAAUCCUUACCAUCCUCUUCUUACCUCAUCGACUAUCCGUCCUUAACGACAUAUUCUUAUGACGUUCACGACAUACGGCCAGAAUGUUCACCAACUUCGAGCGAAGCGGCGCAUAGUCGUACGCAAAGCAUGGAGGAGCAAUGGUCGGGCUUUUGCAGCAUCAUCGACUUCAAAAGCAUCAUGAAUGAAUCAACAUAAAACAUACCUUGUUGUUGAGCAUGUCCUAGGCUAGCCUCACAUAGGUUGUUCUAAUAAUACAUUGAUUUUCUGUUGUUAACAUCUCG